UAAGCGUCGGUGGAUUUUAAACGUAAGAAAAACCGUUUGAGUUAAAGCAGAAGUUUUGUUCAACAAAUAUUAACUAUUAACAAAUAGUUUAACAGAAUGUAUUACUUUUAAUUGGAUUACAUGGGCGAUACUUCAUAUAAUUUUUAUAAUAUUAAUCACAAGAUGAAUCCUAUAAACAGUACCCAGUCAUCGGAGAAUGAAUCGAUAGGAGGUGACAUGUCUUACCUGUAUGGAAGAGACCCAAGUAUACUAGCUUAUGGACAACGUCCAUUUCCAUCACAAGAAUCAAAAAGAAAUUUAAUAUCUUCAUUGGAAGAAGAGAAAGAAGAUGAAUCAAUAGAAAAUAGAGAUAAAAAUUUAAGAAGUAUUAAUGCAUCAAUAAUUCAAACAAUUAAAGUAUUUUUACGCAUGAAACCUUACCCUGCUAAAAUGAAAAUUACACCAGAACUUUCAAAUGUUUACACAAUUUUGAAUUCAACUACAUUACUUACAAAAAUGCCUUCACUUGAUAAUAAUACUAGCUGUUUGAAAAAAAUUAAAAUGAAUGAUACAGUGAGUAGAAAAUUUAUAUUUACACAGACAUUUGGACCAAAGACUUCGCAGCUACAAUUGUUUGAAGAAGCAGUUAAACCACAAAUGAUUAAAUUUUUAAGUGGUCAGAAUUCAAUUGUAAUGAGUUAUGGUACUACUAAUUCUGGAAAAACUUAUACUUUACAAGGAACAGUUGAAUCUCCAGGAAUUAUUCCUCGUGGAAUUGAAUUUGUUUUCAGUAAUAUUAAUCCACGAGAAGUACCGUAUUAUAAACCAGUAAAUUUAUGCGAUGUUGUUUUUCUUAAUAAUCAUGAACGUCUUCAUGAAAUGGAUUUGAAGAUGAAACUACUUACUUUUAAUUCAGAAGAUAAAAACUAUCAUGUAAGAAUCUAUAAACAAAUGCAACGAUUACUCCAAGAAGAAUCACCAAUAAGACCUAGUCAAAAUUACAAUGGAUAUUAUUCUGUAUGGAUAUCAUUUGCAGAAAUCUAUAACGAAACCAUUUAUGAUCUUUUAUGGAAUGAUUGUCAAAGAAAACAACCUCCCUUGAAAUUAGUAACAGAUUGUAGAGGUAGAGCUUAUAUUAAAGGCUUAAAAAGUAUUAAUGUUAAUUCUGGUGCUGAAGCUUAUCAAGUACUAAUGGCUGGACAGUAUAAUUUAAAAAUUGCAGCCACUGCAUUAAAUUCAAGAAGCUCAAGAUCGCAUUGCAUAUUUACAAUUAAAUUAUUAAAAUAUAGAUAUGAACACGAUCCAAAUUCUGUAGAAGUGAGCAUGUUCACAUUUUGUGAUUUAGCUGGUUCUGAACGUUUGAAAAAGACUUUAAAUGUUGGUGAAAGAUUAAAAGAAGCUCAAAAUAUUAACACAAGUUUGUUAGUUUUAGGAAGAUGUUUAAAAACUAUUUACGAAUCUCAAUGUUCCACAAAACAAAAAAAUGAAUCGAUAGGACCUUUUCGCGAAUCUAAAUUAACAAGGCUAUUUCAAAGAGCUUUAUUAGGAAAGGAACAGUUAGCUUUAAUUGUCAAUGUUAAUCCUGUACCUAAUUUGUAUGUUGAAACACAAAAUGUUCUUAAUUUUUCUGCAAUUGCAAAAAAAAUUGUAAUUGAAAAUGCUGAAAUUGUAAAACGAAGACACUCGCAUUCAAGAUUUUCUCGCUUAGUCACUCAAAACUUGAAAACUGAUAUGGAUUGGGAAAAUACAGAACUUGUUGAUAUGACAGAAGCAUCUGAAGAAGUGUUUGAAGAGGAAUCUGAAAUUUCUGAAAAUGAUUUAAUAAAUGAAAACUUAUUAAUUGAAAAUGAAUUAUUGAAGAAAGAAAUUAAAGACCUAAAAGAUUCUAUUUUAAAAAAAGAUAUGCAGACACGUAAAGAAAUGACUGAUAUGUAUAUUGAGAUUUUAAAGAAAUCUGAAGAAAGUUGGAAAAAUCGUAUGCUAGAUAUGGAAGAGCAACAAGAAGACCUCCGUGAAUUAGCUGUAGAUCGUAUAGAAUUAUUUUAUAAAGAAAAAUUAAAUCAAUUAAACAGUCGUAAACGGUCCCGUCUAUCAGAUGAUGAAGAAGAUGAUAGUAACAUAAAAAAAGAAUUAGAAAAUUUAGAAAUUGAAAAUACUUGUCUUGCAACAAAAAUUGAAACAAUGAAAAAGUCUAUUCGAGAUUUAAAACAACUGAAAGAUGCUGAAGAAACUGAAAAAACAAAACUUUCUUUUGAAUUAGCUGUUGCUAAAGAGGAAACGAAAAGAACAAAUGAGAUGCUAUUGGCCGCACAAAGAAGUAUUAAUUCUGGAGAAAAUAUAUCAGAUAAUUACGUACAAGAAUUAACCGAAAUUUGUAAAAAAAAAGAUGAUAGAAUAAAAACAAUGAAAAUAUUCUUGAAUGAAGCCAAAGAAGAAUAUAUUUUCAUUACUGAACAAGCUCAAAAAUUGGAAAAUCAAAUAAAAACCCAGAAUGAAUUGCUAGUUGAAAACAAGGAACAUAUAAACGAUUUAGAAGAACAACUUACGCAGGCUAAUAUAUAUUCCUCAGAACAAAGUAAAUUUAUUGAAGAUUUGGAAGAACAAUUAGAUCAGCAAAUGAAAAAUAUGGCAGUAACAGAAGAAAAAGUAAAAAAUUUAUCUGAAAAAUGUCUUUUAGUAAAUAAUAAUAAAUGCAUAGAGAUAAAUACUAUCAAAGAAGAUAAUCAAAAUAUAGAAAAAACUAAACCACUUCUUGAAGAAAUAAAAUUAAGACUUGAAUUGUCUCAGCAUGAAAAUAAUCAACUAAAAGAAAAAUUAAAUCAAAGAGUAAAUGAAAUUGAAUUAUUAAAAAGUAAACUUGAUACAACAAAAAAUCAAUUGGAUAAAGUUACAGAGAGAGUUAAUAAUUUAAUAAUUGAAGAUGUAGAAAAAGAUAUUUUAAACAACCAAAAUCUUAUAACUACAGUUGAACAAGAAAUUCAAACAGAAGCCAUGAAUUCUUUGAAUCUAGAUUUAACAAAAGUUAAAUCGAAACUUGUAAAUAUCAGUUGUCAAACUGAAAUACAUAUGGAACAAUUGGAUGAGAUAAAAGAGCAAUAUGAGGAGACAAAAGAAGUUCUGAAAGAUUGUAGGCUUAAAAAAGAAGAAAUAAAAAAACAGCUCGAUACAAUUAUUAUUGAUAAACAGAAUGAACUGGAUAAAGUAUUUGAAAAAUUUGAGAAAGAAAGAAGUCAUUUUAAGGAUUUAAUAGAAACUCAAAAUAUUAAAGAUAAAAAUCUAACAAGCCAAAUUACUGAUGCCAUUGCUCGCGAGCAUGACAAAGAUAAUGAAAUAUCCAGUUUACAAAAAGAAAUGAAAAACUUGAUACAAACUAAUGAGGAAGCCAUAAUAAAAAUGGAAAUAGAAGUGAAAAAUAUUUUAAAGGACCUGACGAUAUCAAAAGAGCAGCUCACUAAAACAGAAGAACGGAAUAAAAAAAUAGAAAAAGACUACAGGCAAAUUAUUCAAAUUCUUGAACUCAAAAUUGAUAGUCUUGAAGACAGGCUUUUACAAAAGCGAUUAGAAAAUGAACAGCACAAAUUAACAAUAGAAGAAUUAAAAAAAAGCGUAGAUGAUACAGAACACGAAUUAGAAGUGUUUACCAAAAAUAGAAAUGAAACAGUUGCUAAAUAUGAAGAUUUAGUUAAAUCACAAUAUGAUGAAUUAGAUUUUCACAGAAAAGAGGUUACAAGAUUACAAGAUUUAUUCCAAGAACUUAAAGAAAAUCACGUAACUCCUCUUAAAGGAAAUACCAAAAAAUCACGAUGUAAUAUAAAAGAAGAAAAAAAAAAGACAAAAGUAUUAAUACCAGAAGUUACAAAUAAUUCUGAAGACGAUCACUAUGAAAAUAAUCGAAUGGAAAAAUCAAAGCAAAACAAAGAAUUUGUCACGCCAAACAUAGAUAAUAUUCCAUUAAUAGAUUUAUCUGGCUCUGAAUCAAAAAAAUCUGCAAAAAGUACUAGUAAGGAUCCACCAUCUACAAAGAGAACUAGAAAGAAAAGAUUAUUUACACCACUAGAUGAAUCUUUUUUUGACAUUGAACAAGGCGAGCCUUCGCCUUCUCCAAGUUCAUCUACUAGAAAUUUACGUAAUAGAAAAAAUAAAUAAUAAGCUUUCUGUAUAGAUAAUU